GCAAAGUAGAGUAUGGUCGAGAGGUUGCUGACUGGCUAAUGCACACAGGCUCCUCUUUCAUAAUCUGUUCAGAUGAGUAUAAAAAGAGAGGAGGAAUAGCCAGGGUCAGUGAAGUAACACUCAAAGGUAGCCCUUUGUAAGGUAACCAAAAUGGGUGCAAUGCUGUAUGUGUGUUUAUUAGCAUCUCUGCUCUGCAGUGCUGUCACUUGCGACCACCAUGGCAAACAUAAAAAUGACCACCAUCACCAUGGGCAGCAACACCAUGGUCACCAUCAGCAAGGUCACGGUUGCCAUGGUCACGGCCAUGGACACAGCCACGGCCACCAGCACCACCACCAUCGUUGUGAUGAGACUGUGUUUCAUAAAAUUGGAGCUGGUAAUGCUGAAUUUGCUUUCAAAUUAUAUAAACAACUGGCCUCCCAGAAAAAUGGGGAAUCAAAAAAUAUCUUCUACUCUCCCCUGAGCAUCUCCAUGGCUCUUUCAAUGUUGUCAUUGGGUGCGAAGGGUGCAACACACAGCCAGAUUUUUGAAGGGCUUGGAUUCAAUGAUACAAAGAUCAACGAAAUAGAAGUGAACAAAGCCUUUGCACACAUUUUGGAUAUACUCAACCUGCAGACAGAGCUGGAGCUAUCCACAGGGGGUGCGGUGUAUGUGCAUGAGGGCUUCAAGCUGAUUCCCAAAUUUAUGGAGGACAUUAAACAUUUUUACCACUCAGAGGGCUUCACUGUCAACUUCAAAAACACCAUUGAGACAAUGGACAUAAUAAAUAAGUAUGUGCAGGACAAAACCCAUGGCAAAAUCACUGAGUUAAUCAAAGACCUGAGUCCAGAAAGUGUAAUGCUUCUAGUCAGCUACAUGUUUUUCAAAGGUAAAUGGGAAAAGCCUUUUAACCCUGAAUUAACUCAUAAAGAUAUCUUCCAUGUGAAUGACAAUGAAACAGUUCCAGUUCAGAUGAUGUCCAAAAUUGGCAUGUUUGAUGUUUAUCACGAUGAAGAGCUGUCCACUGAUGUGCUGAAGCUCCCGUACACUGGAAAUGCCUCACUGAUGCUUCUCAUGCCUCAAAAAGGAAUGAAACAUCUGGAAGAGGCUUGGAGCAAAGAGCAUUUUAAAAAAUGGCACAAAAGUGUACAAAGAAGUCAUCGGCAAAUUAUUCUGCCCAAAUUUGCAAUUUCUGCAUCCUAUUCACUUCAAAAUGUACUGUCUGAGAUGGGCAUUACGGAUGUGUUUAGUGACAGAGCAGACCUGUCAGGAAUAAGUGAAAAGGUGAAGCUCAAAGUAUCUAAGAUUGUUCACAAAGCAGCGAUAGAUAUUGAUGAGAAGGGAACCGAGGCAGCGGCGGCCACUGGUGUUGAAAUAAUAGCCAUCUCAAUGCCUCUGACAUUGAAAUUUGACAGGCCUUUCCUGCUUGUGAUUAGCAAUCGCAAUACCAAGAGCAUACUCUUCAUGGGAAAAAUAGCCAAUCCUUCUGAAAAAUAAAACUGGUUUUCAUAUUCUGUCGAAGCAUUAAUACUGCAUACUGUUUUUUGUGUGUUCUUUCCUGGAAGUGAUAUUAAAAACAAAAUUGCAGUUG